CAUCAUUCUGCUGUGCAUCAGGAGGAGUCCUACGUGGCGGCAGAGCUCGGUGGUCACGCGCAAAACCCGAACUCGUUUGCAAGAGGCCACUUUGUUUGUGGUGGCAUUCCUCGCUGUGCAGUGCAUAGGUGAGCUAACGCGUGUCUCGUAAUCGACGCGCGCACCGCCAAAGAGAGGGCAGCCACCACGCCGUCGCCGCGCGCAUCAAAAGCGCAGCGCCAGACCCCAUUCCCCACAGGCAAAGCUGUCGCCUCCGCAGUCGUCGUGACGAGACUGAGGCGCCGCGCCGGCGUCCACGACCGCUCUGGUCUAAUGGGAGGACUCGUGGCUUUAGCCCGCGCAGUGGGGGUUCGAUUCCCUCGGGCGGUUUACGCGACGCGGCGCCGCGCGCAGGUACCACGUCAACGAUGGUCGCCGAGGCCUGGUGCGGCCACCUAUGUCGAGUCAAGGCGAACCAGGGCGCCGUCGUCCGCGCGGGCCGCGCCCUCGACUCUGAGUUAAUAGGAGAGUUGCCGACGGGCGCCGAGGUGCGGGUGUGGGAGUCGGGCUUCCACCUGAAGGGCGACGGGACCAAAAUAGGCCGCUGCCGCGUCACGGAGCCGCUCAAUGGUUGGUUGAGUGCGAAGUGCGUCGAGGUCCUGCCCCAGGGCGUGAGAGGCGGCCCGGUCCCGCGCUGCGACGACUACGAGGCCUGCUUCGAGCCCGCCGAGCCUCAGAGAGCGGUGAAGAAGGACGACGGCCCGCCCAAGACCUACGUGCCCGCCUCCAUAAAAUGCGUCGUGCUGAACGUGCCCGAGGAAGAACGGAACGGCAUCACGAACUUCAAGGUCGGCUGGGCCCACGGCCAGACGACCGUCGUCACGGACAAGGAGUCGCGCGCGAACACGGAGCUCUACCAGUGGACCAAGGGCAAGGACGGCGGGCCGCCGGAGUUGUCCGCGCGGCUCUCGUUCCACGGCUUCGCCUCGCGCGCGCUGCCGCCGGGCAAGACCAUGAAGGGCUAGUCUGUUUCCUCCCUCCCCCCGCCUAAGACGCGUCCCGUGUG